AUGCCACCUUCCACUCACACUUAUAUGUCUGAGCAGACGAAAAUCCAAUCUGAAAGUCAAUCAAAGGAAAAAUUAUCCUUUAGAGUUGGCGAUAUUGUCAGCCUAGAUCUUGAAAAAUAUGAACGUAAAAUAAAAAGUAUAAAAAUUAGGACACGGUCAGAAUUGGACAUUUUUGAAUGGUCAAAGCGUGGUUACGCUAAUAAUAAUUAUUGGAUACCGCUAUCCGCAGAAAAUGUUUCUCGAAUUGAGGAAUCAAACGUUUCUCGAGAAGAAUUUAUUGAGAAAUAUGAAGUACCCGGUUUACCAGUCGUUAUUAAUGGAUGUACAAAAGGCUGGCCAGCAGAGGUUAAAUGGAAUAGGGAGACACUUCUUAAAAAAUUUGAGGAUUACAGAUUUAAAGUUGGUGAAGAUGAUAAUGGAGAUCCUGUUCGAAUGGCAUUUAAAUAUUAUUUGUAUUAUUUAGAAAAUGAAGCUAUUAAAGAUGAUAGUCCCUUAUAUAUAUUUGAUUCAUCUUUUGGCAAGCUAAAAAGGUCAACGCAACCGCAACAAGCCGCAAAAACUAAUUUAAAAGUCUCGCCAAUUAACUAUUCAUUGGAUCUUUCGGAAGAUCCUACUGAAAAUCAAAACAAAUCUGAGGAAUCAAAGAAAAAGCAGCCAAGUUUUCAUCGUCCAUGCUUAUUAAAGGAUUAUAAAGUUCCCAAAUAUUUUGACGAUGAUCUUUUUCGCUUAACGGGUGAAAAACGUAGACCACCAUAUCGUUGGUUCGUCCUUGGCGGUGAAAGAAGUGGAACAGGAAUACAUUUUGAUCCAUUAGGCACUUCUGCUUGGAAUACCUUAUUAGUUGGACAUAAAAGAUGGUGUCUCUUUCCACCUUUCACUCCUCGUAAAAUAAUUGAUCCAAAGUUGAAAGGUUUAGAUCAUGAGGCAGUAUCAUGGUUUACUCAUGUCUAUCCUAUGUUAGUUAGUGUUGAAAAGGAUCAAGAUAAAAGCUAUGCUGAAGAGUUUGAAAUGGUUCAAGUGUUGCAAAAACCUGGUGAAACUAUGUAUGUCCCAGGAGGAUGGCAUCACGUCGUUAUGAAUCUGGAUUUUACUAUAGCUGUUACUCAGAAUUUUUGUUCCCCAACUUCAAUUGAGCAUGUUUGGCUGCGAACAAGAAAUUCGCGUCCGAAACUUGCACAAAAACUUUUAAACAGUAGUUCGUUUGUUGAUGAAUAUGAAUUGGAGGUAAGUGAAACUCAAAGUGAAACAGAUGGUAGUGAUGGAGAGUGUCUUUGCUAUACUUGUAAGAUGAAAAGGAAAAGGAAAGAAAAACUUGAUAAACAAAAUGAAGAAGCAGAAAAACAAAUGAGAAAGGAAUAUAAAAGAAGAGAAAGAAAGGAAUUUGAAAGAUUAAAUCAAGAACAACAAAAUAAUAGAGUCACUAAAGGUAAAGAAAAAGGAAAAAGAUAUAAUGAUAGAAUGAUUAAUGAAGAGGUUAAAAAAAAGAAAAGAAAAAAGGAAGAGUAA